AUGUCAUCAACUUGGGCACAAAACAAUGAAGAACCAUUAGUUAAAUCAAUAGUCAAGAAUGAAAAUACAGAUCCAGAAGGUGAACAUAGUAAUCAAUCGAAUAGUAGUCAUACCACAUCGUCCUCAUUGGUAGGUGAUCGACAACAAACGUCUGCAGUCGAUCCCGUUUAUACCGAGCCAACAUCAUUGAAGAAUAUCAAUAUCGUUUCGUUGGAUCAUUCUCAAUCCGAGCAGUAUGUAGCAAACAACGAAUCACCUUCGUUUUCAAAUGCAUUCAUCAGAUCCGAUCUUCAGUCUUAUACGGAUCCAAUAGUGUACUAUGGAGAAGGUAUGAUCGAUCCAUUUCAACAGAAUUAUGCACAUUUACAGCAAGUUUUGUAUUCACCAUCGCUAUCAAGUCUUCAUCCUGCUUCGCAUUUAUCCUACGACGAAGUAGCUCGAUCGAGACAACUCUUUUGUGAUAAUGGUACUCUUCAAUCAUGGCCAUCCAAUGAACAUCAACAUUAUCUAGCAUAUCAACCGACAACCAUACCUAACAUUGCUGAACUAGCGCAUUUUCCAUCACAUCAAACCGAUCAAGCACACUUUUGGCAAGAUGCUGCCACUGGUGGAACGUAUAUGCCGUGUAUUACCGCUUCAUGUAUAGAUGCAUCGAACACACAUCAAUGUGUUACAUGUGGAAUAACAUCGGUACCACUUUGGCGACAUGAUGACACAGGACAUUACUUUUGUAACGCUUGUCGUCUACGAUAUCGAGCAGAUAGUUCAGAUCGAGCAUUACAACGACAUUCGCAACGAACAGAUGAUGAAGAUCACAUCCGUUCAACUGCUAUGGAUACUUCAUAUUCACUUCCACUGUCACAAUCAACAACAAAAAUGUUAUCAACGUUAGCUCUUCAAGACACAGAUAGAACAUAUUCAACAACGAAAAACAAUACUUGUAAUAACAAAUCGAUUUCUGAAACGAAUACUAAACGAACUUUAACUAAUCCACGACGUUCAGGUCUUCAAUGUGCUAAUUGUCAAACUCAAACGACAACCUUAUGGCGACGAAACUCCGAUGGAGAACCUGUUUGUAAUGCCUGUGGUCUAUACUAUAAGCUUCAUCAUGUUGCUCGUCCAUUGAACAUGGUUAAAGAAGGCAUACAAACUCGCCGUCGAAAGCAAAAGAAUAGCAAUACAAUAGUUCCGCCAAAAUCGAAAUAUAACAAACCGGUAAACCAGUUGGCAGCUAUGAAAGAAGCCAAAACACUGGAAUUAAGUCGUCGUCACGAGAUACCAAAAUCCAUCGACGAUUAUCAGUAUGAUGAUUUGCAUUUAGUUCAUCAUUCAUAUGCAUCUGCAUUCGAACAACAUCAACGUUAUUCUUCGGCGCAACAAUUAGACAUGACAACAAAUGAUUUCGACGCUGAGUUAUACGCAAGAGAAAUUGUUACAUCGCCACACUCCCCGACAGGCCCAAUGACAAUGAAGAAUAACGAGGAACCGCAUUUAGACGCAAUGACAAGUGCAAACAACAAUCAAUCGUGA